AUGAACUACCAGCAUCAGCAAUCAUCUCCUACGGAAUCGCGCGACAAUAUCAACCCCGAUAUGGAGUUCUUCGACGAAGGUAGACAAAUCGCCUACAGCUGGCAGGAGUUUCAGCUAGCUACGUCAACGGCAGCCGCGAGCGCACAGACAUUCGGUGGUGCAGCCAAUCAGAGUUAUGCCUUUUCGUCGGAGGGCAAAAACCCUGAGCCAUCUUCCGUAUUGGUAGCGCCAACAGACCUGCGCUCGGGCCAUGCGUACCCGCAACAACUUGGCACCUCUUCUGUGCACGAGGCUCUUGCUCAAGAAUUCCUUGGGCCUUUGGAUAUAUACAACACCAACGGCGAUUUUUACGCAUACACCGAAGAUGCUAGUGCACUUGGCAACUGGACCUUCGAUGAUUCCGUUGCUCCCCCCAUGGGUGACACCUUCUUGAUGCCUCUGCCUCCGCAGCUCAACUUUUUUCCGACUCAGCCUUCGUACCCUGCAGCAGGAACGGGUCGUGUUUUCCAACCCAUCGUUCCAGCUACUGCUGCGCAGAUGAACGUGGCUGCACCACCCAACCAGCCUUCUGGUGCACGUGCCAGCGCUCGUCACCGCACUGCCGAGACGCGCAUCAGCUGCACCGUUGAUGGCUGCACCAAGACCUUCCGCCGCCCUGGCGAUUACCGCCGCCACGUGCGGAAGCAUCAAGACCCUAUACUAAAGUGCAUUGUCGAUGACUGUGACAUGAAGUUUUACCGCCUGGACAAACUUCGUGAUCAUAUACGCCAAGGCCACAAGAUGGUCCUGUAG